AUGUCCGAGCAAAACUUCUAUCGUGAAAGUUUGAUCAUUGUCGUUUUACUUUCCGUUCUUACCGUAUGUAUUAGUGGUAAACAUGUGCAACAAAUAUGUGGACAACGAAAGCUUGUUGACGAGAAAAUCGAACCGCUGAUAAUCAACGGUGUCAAUUCAACAGCAGGACACUGGCCGUGGCAUGCGGCCCUUUAUCAUCUGCUGGGGAAUGCAACUGUUUACGCCUGUGGAGGAACUAUAGUUAGUGCCAAUAGUAUUCUUACUGCUGGCCAUUGUUUAUUCUACGUUGGUUUACUGCGUGCCGAUCAAAUGAUAGUGCACGUUGGCCGAAACCAUCUGGACGAAUCGGGCGAACAUAUACAAGUGAUGCAAGUGUCAAAUGUAGUGCUCCAUCCUACGUUUACUAGAUCUAGUAUGGCAAAUGACAUUGCUAUUUUGCGGCUAGCCUCUGAUAUUGUGCUAACAGAGUUUGUGCAGAUUGCGUGCAUUUGGAGCGAAAGCGAUCCGAUGAAAAAACGAAUUAUUGGGAAAAAUGGAACGAUAGUUGGUUUCGGUUCGACCGCUAACGAAGGAGAACCCCCAUUCCUGCGAGAAGCAACCCUUACCGUAGUGGAUGGGUACAGGUGUGUGGAGAGUGAUCCAACGUACGGGUCCGUUUUAAAACACACCAUGUAUUGCGCCGGAAGGGACGGCUUAGGGAUCAGUGCGUGCAACGGAGACAGUGGCGGUGAUGGCAGUGACAAGGAUUUUCAAAUUGACCGUGUUGGUUAUGACGUAUUCUAA